UCCUCUCUCUCUCUCUCUCUCUUUCUCUCUCUAAAAAAUCAUUCAACAAUCACAAUCUCUCAUCAGUUCAAAAAAAAAAAAAAAUUCACAAUCUCUCCACGUCCUCCUCAAUCUCACCCAGACUCGCCCUUCUUUUUCACGUUAUUCGUCUCCCUCACCAAUAAUGACGAAAGAAGGAGGAGCACCAGCAGGCGGCGGCGGCGGUCGCGGUCGUGGUUCCACAGAUCUCCACCGGCCGAAGCUCGGAACGCUAAUGCAUUCCGAGCCCCCGAGUUUCAUCAACCAUGAAUACGACACCAACCAAACCAAUCCGUACGCCCAUCGCAACAGCAACGCCUCCACCGGAAGCCCUCUCCACAACUACUCCCCGUACUACAAAACCGACCCCUCACCUUCUCCUAACUACGCCAUGUCCCCCUGGAACCCCACAUCGCCGUUCCAAACCUCGCCCUGGAUCAAAUCGUCCCCUUUGUUGUCCACGCGAAACGGGUUGAUCGGCUCGCUCGUUCGCGCCGAGGGCCACAUAUACUCUCUCGCCGCCUCCGGUGACUUGCUGUACACCGGGUCCGACAGCAAGAACAUAAGGGUGUGGAAGAGCCUGAAGGAUUUUUCGGGGUUUAAAUCGAGCAGCGGAUUGGUCAAGUCGAUUGUUUUGUCCGGCGGGAAGAUAUUCACCGGACACCAAGACGGGAAAAUUCGGGUGUGGAAAUUCUACCCUAAGAAUCCCUGGAAACCGUAUAAGCGCGUGGGGGAGUUGCCCACGACCAAAGAUUUCAUUAAGAGCUCGAUGAACCCGAGCAAUUACGUCAAGGUACGGCACCGUUUCAAUGUCCCAUGGAUCAAACACUUCGACGCCGUUUCGUGCAUGAGCUUGGACAGGGAACAAGGGAUAUUAUAUUCCGGUUCUUGGGAUAAAACCGUCAAGGUCUGGAGAAUAUCCGAUUCGAAAUGCUUGGAAUCGAUCAACGCCCACGACGAUGCCGUCAACUCGGUGGUGGCGGGGUUCGAGGGGCUGGUGUUGACGGGGUCCGCGGACGGGACAGUGAAGGUGUGGCGGAGGGAGUUGGUGGGCAAGAAUACGAAGCACGUGAGGGUGCAGACGUUGCUGAAGCAGGAGAGCGCGGUGACGGCGCUGGCAGUGAGCGCGGCCGGCUCGGGGGUCGUGUACUGCGGGUCGUCGGACGGGCUGGUGAACUUCUGGGAGCGCGGGAAGCACUCCCUGAGCCACGGCGGGGUGCUGCGCGGCCACAAGCUGGCCGUGUUGUGCCUGGCCGCCGCGGGGAAUCUGGUGUUUAGUGGGUCCGCGGACAAGAGCAUUGGCGUGUGGAGGAAGGAGGAGGGCGGGGACCACACUUGGCUUUCGGUUUUGAGCGGGCAUUCUGGGCCCGUCAAGUGCUUGGCCGUCGAGGAAGAUAAGGAUCAGCUGUCCAAAUGUGGUGAAGAUGACCAACGGUGGGUGGUUUAUAGUGGUAGUUUGGACAAGUCGGUGAAGAUCUGGAGGGUGUCCGAGAAGUUUCCGGCGGUUUAAGUUCCACGCACGGUGUUAUGUAGUGGUGGAGCUAUUGUUUCUCCCAAGUGAGGUUUGAUUAUUCGAUAUUUCCGGAGCACACCCACGUGAUUUUUCAGCACCAUACAUUUUCGUGAAGUUCAGUAUUAAAUGUAUGAACUCGGUAUAAAUGUGUGGCGCUAGAAUGAUUGGGAGACUCCGGGACUAUCGAAUAAUUACUCGUGUGAAAUUGAACAGAGAGAUGUGUGUGGUGGGGACGGUGACUUGAAUUGGUAGUUGAACGGCCGGCGUGAAGAAGUUAGCCAAUAUAUAGGAUCGCCCCAAGUCAGCAAAUGAUGCUUUUGGGUAAUUUUAAUCAAGGAGAAAGUUGUAAAUAAAAUUGCUUGCUGUGUUGCUUCUUUUAAAACGUUUAUUUCAUUUGUAUACUCAGAAGAGAAACAUAGAUAUCCCGUUAAAUAGUGAAUCGAAGAAUAUUUUGCGUGCAAAAUAUGUUUAUGCAUGGUUUACGCGAUCGAUGCUUGAUUAAUUGAC